AUGGCCGGCCCGCUUUCCCUUCUCAGUGGCGCCCCCGUCAUCAUCAUCCGUAAAGAGGGUGCUGACAGACCCUCUGUUGCUUCAAUGGUCAAUCUCUCGACACAUUUAUCCGCAACGUCUCAUAGCCCCCGCUGCCAGCCUGCCGUGACGCUGCACCAGAAGACAGUCGGUGCUAUCCUACGGACUAUCGGCGGCUGCUGCAUCAACUGGAACUUCCUGGUCCUGCCACCCAGACAUCAUCAACACGUGUCAAAAUUUCUACUGGAGACUUUCGCCAGCCCCCCCCCCCUCCCCAGCAGCAAAGAGGGUGCUGCUUUUUGCUCUUUGGUAGCACCGCAACAUGCUGCGUUGCACAGCAAAAAGACCCUGCCUGCCCUUAGGGCUGACUAUGCGCGCGCGCAAACGGCUGCCGUAAUUGUGUGCAAGGUCCGGUGCAACCGCAAGGAGAGAAAGGAUUGCAGCCCUUCCCCCCCUCCCUCAUCUCUGCCUCUCUGGCCCCUGUCCGACAACAGCCGCGCAAACCGCUUUCGUAGAUUAGGCAGGCAAUUGAGACAAUUACUAACAAGAUCUCGUUUAUCGCAUUAUAGCCAAAGCGAGGUCAGGGAUACCCCUAGUACCAUCCCAAAAGCAUCGAACGUUUCUCGAACAAAGUUGUGCGCCAACCGAGCGCGAGCUUUGCGCAUCAUCCUUCCGCCCCGUGCGCUCGGGCAAGCCUUGGGUCGCAAUGAACUGCUGAUGAACGACUCAGCUCCCAAGAAACCUAUCUCGGCUCCAGGCCACUGGUUAUCUCAUGCCUCCACCGCCUCUGACCCUGCACAAUGACAACAAGCAAAAAACAAAAAAACAAUCAUAAUAAUUACAACAAAAACUCUAUCCUUCUACUUGCG